AUGAUAUGGUAUCACAACUUGCCCGAGCAUUCGAUUGAUUCAUUUUCCAUGCUCGCGGACGCUUUUGUCAAAGCUCACGCCGGAGCCAUCAAGGUCGAAACCCGGAAAUCGGACUUGUUCAACGUUAAGCAGCGAGAUGACGAAACCCUCCGUGAGUUUGUGGCAUGGUUUCAAAUGGAACGCAUGGACUUACCUCCGGUCACUGAUGAUUGGGCCAUUCAGGCUGUCACUCAAGGGCUCAACUCAAGAAGCUUGAUCACAUCUAUAAAGCUAAAGCAAAAUCUGAUAGAGUACCCGGUAAUCGCCUGGGCAGAUGUACACAACAGGUAUCAAUCAAAGAUCAGGAUCGAAGAUGAUAAGAUUCUGAGAGCCGCCUCAGUAUCAUGGCAUUCCGGUAAAGGGAAUGAUUAA